AUGUCGUAUACAUUUACUUUAAGCGGUAAAUCAUCUGUUCUAAGCGAUGAUUUUAAUCCACCAAUAUACUUGAAUGAUGGCGAGUACGAAAUAGGAUUAGCAAAUUUUGAUACGUUUAACAAUAUACCAAAUAUUGAUGAGAAAAAUAAUGUCUUGGUCUGGGGUAAAAACAACGAAUUUCGAUAUGAGAUUCCAGUAGGUGCAUAUGAAAUAUCGGAUAUAAUAAAAAUUAUAGAAAGAGAAAUGUUUCAAAUUGCUAUUAUAACAACACAAAUUACACCUGAUGAAAGAACAUCGAAAGUAACUAUAAAGAGUACAGAAUGGAUAAAUUUUGAAGUUGAUCACUCUAUAGGAAGUUUAUUUGGAUUUACUAAAAUUAAGCUUGAACCAAAUAUAAUACACUCUUCUGUUUACUCGAUAAAUAUUUUAAAAGUAAACACGAUUUGUAUCGACACAAAUAUUGCCAUUGGCUCGUUUUUAAACGGUCUGCCAUUUAGUGAUAAUACCAUUGAGGAUUAUCAAUUUCAUUCUUACCAACCUUUCACAUUUUCCAAUUUUAAUUAUAACGACGAAAUAAGAAUCCCAAUUCAAGAUUUAGAAGCAUAUACUUUUCCCAGCAAUAGUUACUUAUACAUCGAGGGUAGAAUAUUAACUGAUCAGAAAAAAGUUCCCACUAAAUUUAACUUUAUUAAUAAUGGCAUCGCCUAUUUGUUCAGAGAAUUAAGGCUCUGGUCAGGGUUUUUCGAGGAUUUUAGAAAAAUAGUUAUGAAUAUGAGGCAAGAGCUAGUUUUAAUUCGCGAAAAAGCUGACAUUGAUGGAGUAAUUGCUACAGAUGAUACGAAAAAACCAAAAAUAGACAUCAUCAAAGUGUGUUGGAAUGUUCCACAUAUAACACCUAGUAUCAAAGAACAAAUUCGAUUAAAUAAAAUAAUUAGAAGUAAUGUUGAUCUACCUCUAAUGUUUAGAAGUUGGGAAUUAAUUGAAUAUCCAGCUUUGUCUAAUGCAACACGCCAUACCUGGCCUGUUAAAACUACUACAAAGAUAGAAAGCCCGAGACAUAUCGUGGUAGCAUUCCAAAAUGCCCGAAAAGGCAAACUUUUAAAAGAUAUGAGUAAAUUUGAUCAUCUCAAUUUAACAAAUAUACGUGCUUUUUUGAAUUCUGAGCGGUACCCAUAUCAGGAUUUACAUCUUGAUUUUAAUACUGAUCGCUUUGCAACUUUAUAUGAAAUGUUUGCGAAUUUCCAAGAAAGUUAUUAUCAUAUUCAAACAAAUCAACCAAUAUUUACACCAGAAGAAUUUAAAAAUAAUGCUCCUAUAGUCCACAUUGAUUGCUCACGCCAAAAAGAAAUUUUGCAGAGUGGGUCAGUUGUUCUCAGAAUUGAAUUUGAAACCGACAAUAAUGUAGGUAAUGAAGUAUCUGCUUACUGCCUGAUUUUACAUGAGAAAGAAUUUUCUUACAAUCCACUAACAAAAAUUGUUAAACAGAUUUAA